AUGACCCAAGAAGGAUUGCAAGGGGGGCCCCCGGGGGCCCUCGAGCCGCAACGCCAGCAGCAGCAGCAGCAGCAACAGCAGCACCAGCAGCAGCAGCACCAGCAGCAACAGCAACAGGUGCAACAGGAGCAGCAGCAGCAGCAGCACCAGCAGCACCAGCAGCAGCAGCAGCAUCAGGGCGCAGCUGCACCCCUUGCUGCGUACGGGUCUUCGCAUGAAAGGAGAGGCUCUCCGAGCGGCAUCAGCAGCAGCAGCAACAACAACAUCAACAACAGCAGCAGCAGCAACAGCAACAGCAGUAGCAGCAGCAACAGUAGCAGCAGCAGCAGCAGCAGCAGCAGCACCUGUGGGGCCCCAUCUCGGCGCGACAGUCAGCAGAGGCGUCGUGGGGCCCAAUUGGCGGUUGCAUGCGUCGGCAGCGACCCCAGCAGCAGCAGCAGCAGCAACAGCAGCAGCAGCAACAGCAGCAGCAGCAACAGCAGCAGCAGCAACAACAACACCAACAUCAGCAGCAGCAGCAGCAGCAGCAUGAGCGUGAGGAGGCGAGGGGGUUCCGGCUGGGGUGUAGGCCUUAUGGGGGGUAUAUCUGCAGGAGAUAAGUGCUCGAAGACAACUCAAGAGCGGAGUUUGGGGCUGCAUGCGGGGCGUUUAUUUCGGGAGUUGGUGACUGGGAACGAUGUGGGAUCGUCGGGAUCGGUUGUGGGGUCGGAGGGAUCGCCGGGAUCGAUCGCUCCCCCGUGGAGCCCACCUCGAUUCCACCCAGAUGCAGGUCGUGUGGGGUUGCUAUUUAGCGGAGACAGAAGGUUUAAGAAAGAAAGAAAGGGGGGCAUGAUAUCUCUUGUCUAUGAACGGCAGCUACGUGUGGGAGGGGUUGCAGCAUACACCUACAAAGUGCUGCAGGGUCCAAUCAGUGCAGCCGACGGGGUGGGAUUUGUCUUUGCCUGGCGAGGAUCGGUUCUGGAGCGGAAAGCAGUUGAGGGUUUAGAGCCCCUGCAGUCAGGCUGUGCUGUUACUCUCCUGAUAGACCUCAUGCGCUUUGUGGCUAUCUUCCAGAUGACAAUGCCGGACGGAAGAGAGACUCCUUACCGCCUUGUGGACUUCUCCGAUUUCAACGAUGAGCAGCACGAGCAGCAGCAGCAGCAGCAGCAGCAGCAGCAGCAGCAGCACGAGCAGCGGCUCCAACUCCAACAGCAGCAGCAACUGCAGCAGCUGCAGCAACAGCCAGUGGCCCCAUGUUCUAAGGGGUAUUUCUGCGUUGUUAUUACCUUCUCUGGUGUAACAGUUGAGCUGUCACACCCAAUUGAGUUGCUGCAGCACUACGUGGCGGUUCGCUCUGCGGGGGCUCCUUUCCCUCCUAUUGAGAGUGCAGCAGCAGCAGCAGCAACGGCAGCAGCAACAGCAGCAGCAGGCCUUAGGCCUGGGGCGCAGCAGCUGACACAUGCGUUUUCUCCGAGUGAUUUUCGAUCUGCUGCUGCUGCAGCAGCAGCAGCAGCUGCUGCUGCAGCAAAUGGUGUAACGGAGGCUGGAUACCCCCGUCCUGUUGCUGCUGCUGCUGCUGCUGCUGCUGCUCUCACUGACAGCACUAACGCAGGGAUGGGUCAAGCGACGGAGCUGCUGUAUCCAUUUCGUUCGGUGUUUGAGCUGGCGCUGCACUUUUAUCGUUCAGGUGUAUCCGCAGGUGUUGCUGCUGCUGCUGCUGCUGCAGCAGGGGAUCCCUUUGCUGCUGCUGCACUUGUGGGGUUGCUUGCAGGAGACAGCAACAGCGGAGAAAGUGUAGCGCCGGGUGUAUGGGCAGCUGCAUUUUUUGCUGCUCUGGGAAACCACCAGCAGCCUGCAGAAGCUGCAGCAGCAGCAUAUGCAGCAGCAGCAGCAGCAGCAGCAGCAGCAGGAAAUGAGGGAGCAUCCGCUUGCCGCGCAAUUGCUGCUGCAGAGACACCGUGUGAUGGAGACAAACAGCAGCAGCCACAGCAGCACCCCGCAGCAGAUGGGGGGGCAGCCAGCAGCACCAGCAGCAGCAACAACAGGAGUAGCAGCAGCAGCAACAGCAGGCGCAACAGCAGGAGCAGCACUGCCAGCAGCAACGGCAACUGCAGCAGCAGCAGCCACAGCAGCAGCAGCAGCGAAGCAGCUUCACCUGCAUCUAGAGCAUUUCCUCUUGUGCGCUUCUCCCCGACCCUCCCUCUUCCUUUUGGUGAGCAGCAGCAGCAGCAGCAGCGGCAAGCCGCAUUCUCCGUUCCUGCUGCUGCUGCUGCUGCUACAGACACUGCACCAACUGCAGCGGAUUCGGCAGCAGCAGCAGCACCACCACCAGCAGCACCCUUAACACCAGACAACCUGCGUGUUGCUGCUGCAGCAGCACCGGCAAAUGCGGGCUGGCUUCGUACAGGGCCGUGGAGCCCCUGUGCAGCAGCAGCAGCAGCAGCAGCGCCAGCAGCAGCAGGAACAGCAACAGGAGCAGCAGCGCCUGCUGCAGAUACGAGAGCUAGUGCUGCUUUUGCUGCUGGUGCUGCGGAGACACCGCAGCUACCAGCAUGUAGCAGCGGCUUCCCCACUUGCCAGGGCUUCCCCUUCCCUGCAGCAGCAGCAGCAGCAGCAGCAGCACAAGCAGCAGCAGCACAAGCUGCAGCAGCACCAGCAGCAGCAGCAGCAACACCAGCAGCACCGUUCCCCGUCCCUGUUGUCCCUAUACCUCCGCUUUCUCCUCCUUUCAUCUCCGCAGCCUCCGCAGUAAAUGCAGCAGCAACACCAGCGCCUGCUGCUGCUCCUGGCAGCUGCUGCGCGCCAGCGGACUUCUUUAAUGCAGUUCAGCCCUAUGGGGCCCGGCAGCAGCAGCAGCAACAGCAGCAGCAGCAGCGGCAGCAGGCGCCGCAGCAGCAGCAGCAUGCGGGAUAUGUGUACCCCCCCUCUUCGCAGCACUUGGCGCUGCCUUAUCCCCCAAUUUUUGUGUUUAGUGGCCAGGGAUCUGCAGCAGGCAGCAGCAGCAGCAGCAGCAGCAGCGUCACAGCAGAUGCUGGAGCAGCAGAAGCAGCAGCGGCAGCUAGGGCUUCUGCUGCUGAUAAUGAAGGGGCCCAGCAGAGCGCAAAGCGGCAAGAGGCCCCAAGUGGUUUUCUUUAA